GGAAACUGUUAUGGAUGUGUUUGGUGGUGCUCCCCGUGUACUUGGUUACCCACGUCCAGUUCUGGUAAAAAGUGGAUCAGAUGCAGUCCUCAAAUGUCAGAUAGGUGGAGAUCCGAAACCUGAUGUAAUAUGGGAGAGAAAGAAUGAACCCAUAGUUCCUGGAGGUCGUUACUGCUUUACAGAGGAUAACAAAGCUUACACCCUCUUUAUCUCAGAGGUAACUUUGGAAGAUGCUGGACAGUACAUCUGCAGAGCUAAGAACAGCAUUGGGGAAACAUAUGCUGCUGCUACUCUGAAAGUAGAAGAAAAUCAAGAUGUUCAGCUUAUAUAUCCAUUGCAAGAACAACAGGAAAUCAAGGUUAUUUCACCAGAACAAGAAAUCAUGACAGUCAGACAGCAGACAGAGAAGAAUGCAGAUCCAUUUCAGGACAAAAAACCUCGGUUCUUGAUUAAACCACUUUCUCUGAGAGUAGACCGAGGUGAAGAUGCUGCCUUUUCUUGCAAGUUAUCAAGUGGACCCUUUUCUGUGGUUGUGUGGGAAAAAGAUAGCAAGCAGCUCAGUGAGAUCUAUGAGAGCUCACACUAUUGCAUAAACCAGCAAGAUGGAGGAUGGUUCCAGCUAAGGAUCUUCCAGACAAGAGCCCCAGAUGGAGGGGUCUACACUUGCAAGGCAGUUAAUGAGUACGGGGAAGCCGUAGUUGGAGCCAUGCUGUUAGUUGAAUGUGUGCCAGAGAAACAUGGCAGAAGCCAUCUAAAUGGUUAUGCCAAUGGCCACUCAUCUUCACAACAGAAUGACAGGUACUCAAGAGAGAAGCAGUCACAUGAGAAGGACAGAUCCUCAAGAGAGAAGCAACUGAAUGUUGCUAAGGCUAAAAAGUUCACCAUAACAGAAGGAAAACAUGCCAAAUUUCGUUGCUAUGUGACAGGUAAACCUAAACCAGAGAUUGUGUGGAAGAAAGAUGGAGAGUCAAUAGCACCUGGAAGACGCCACUUAAUGUUUGAGGACAGGGAGGGUUACUAUACCUUAAAAGUACUUUACUGCAAACAGCAAGACUCUGGGCUCUAUGUCUGUGCUGCAUCAAAUGCACUUGGUAAUACACUGAGUGUUGUGCAGCUUUUUGUAAAAGGUCCCCCAGUUAGGUUCAAAAGAGCCCUGCAGGAUGUGGAAGUAAGGGAGAGAGAUGUUGCCAUCCUGGAGUGUGAGGUCCCAGAGGAUUCUAUACCCGCUGCAUGGUACCUGGAAGAUCAGAGACUUCAGCCAGGGAGCAAAUAUGGCAUUGAGCAAAAGGGUACGAGACGACGACUGACUAUUCGUGAUGUGGGGGUGGAUGAUGAUGGAGUCUACUUGUGUGAGAUGCCUGAUGGUGGGAGGAGCAUUGCAGAGCUGGCUGUUAAAGGUCCAAUUGUGAAGAAGCUUCCUCGUAGACUUGAGGUGCUGGAAGGCGAGAAUGCAGCGUUCUGUGUGGAGGUAGAACAUGAGGACAUGGAGGUGUUCUGGUUUAAAGAUGGUCUGCAGUUAUUUGAGACACAUCAGACCAUUAUCAAGUCCUUUGGAAAAACACACAUACUGGUUUUUGUCAACACCUCCUACCAAGACUCGGGCACAGUCGUGUGUGUGGCAGGCAAAUCAAGGACAAGCUGCAAGCUACGUAUAAAAACAAUGAGACACUGUCCACCAAUAUGUCCUGUGGGAGUCCAGAUGAACGCAGACUGUCAAAAUAGUGUUGUUCUGUCCUGGUCACCCUCUCCAAACCUGCAAAACUCCACCAAAUCAGUGUAUGUAGUAGAAUUCCAAGAGGUGGGCUCUCAGGAAUGGCAGCGAUGCUUUACCACAGAGACUGGCACCUCGGCUGAAAUCCUGGGAGACAAUGUGCCAUGUGAGGGUGACUAUCACUUCCGUAUCUGCUGUGUUAACAAAUAUGGAAAAAGCGGUCAUGUGGAGUUCCCCAAAGCGGUGCAUCUAGUUCCAGGUCCAAAGAUAAAAACUCAGCUGAAGAAUGCUGUGGUGCUAGAGGGGGAGGAUGCAGUGUUCACUAUUGAACUCUCCAAUGCUCAAACUGGUACUUGGUUCCUUAAUAGCACUCAGCUGCAACACAGCGAGUGCUUUAGGAUCAGCCAGUCAAAAAACCUUCACACACUGUGCUUUUGCAGAACAUUAAGUGUGUACAAUGGAGCUGAGAUUACCUUCAUAGCCAAUGGAGUUCGUGACUCAGCAGUCCUGACUGUACAAGCUGCUGUGAUGAAGUUCAUCCCUCUGUCAGAGGCAGACAGGAAUAAGAGAGUCGAAGCUGGAAACCCCAUUGUGUUGUACUGUGAAGUCUCAAACCCUGUAGCUGAUGUCUGUUGGUUCAAAGACGGGCAGAAACUUCACCCAGAAGAAGGGAUAAACAUCCAAUCCGAUGGAAACAUGAGGAGAAUUGUUAUCCAAUCAUCAGAAUAUUUCCACUCUGGAACGUACACCUGCCAGACAAAUGGUGAUGUCAUCACUUUUAUUGUGGAUAUUCAAGGUCCCCCUGUGUCGUUUAAGGACGCUUCAAUGGAAGAGAAGCAGAAAACCACUAUGGAGCUGGACCCAGUGGUCCUGCACUGUGAGCUUUCCCGACCAGAUGCCACUGCUCGCUGGUUUAAAGAUGGUGUGGAGAUUCUCCAGAAUGAUAAUAUCACCAUUCAGGCUAAGGGGACCAUGCGCAGGCUAAUCAUCCGGUCAGCACAACUGGCUGAUGCUGGCAGUUACACAUGCCAAGCAGGAGAACACUCGAUGCCCUUUACUGUUAGUAUUAAAGAGCCACCAUUAAUGAUCGUGGACCCGAAAGAUGAUGUCUGCAUUGAACGCUGUGUCUCAGAGGAGAUCAUACUGAACUGUGAGCUUUCUCGCUCAAAUGGGGAGGUGUGUUGGUUCAAAGAUGGACUGAAAAUUCAGGAGACCGAGAAUGUUCUGCCCAAAGCUGAGGGCCCGUACAGGAGACUGACCAUCCUUUGUGCCUCUAAAAGGGACUCAGGAGAAUAUGUGUGUGACACAGGUGGAGAUUCAGUUUUCUUCCAGCUCAGUGUUACAGAGGCUCCAGUUCGCAUUAUAUCUCCAAGCGAGUCCGAGGUGGAGGUGUGCAUUCUGGCUUCAGAAAGGCUUGUCCUAAGCUGUGAGAUCUCAAAGGCGGAGGCUGAAGUUUGCUGGUACUGUGAUGGCUUGGUGGUGAAAGAAAGUGAUAAUAUCAUACUAGAGGAAGAUGGGGUCUACCGCAGGCUGGUAAUACCUCAAGCCACCACAGAUAAUUCAGGAGAUUACGUGUGUGAAACAACAGACGACUCUGUGAUUUUCUUGGUGAAGAUAGAAGAGCCCCCUGUAAAACUCACCGGCUGUAAGGAGACAGGCAGUGUUCUUCAGACCUGUAGUGGUGAAGCUGUGGUGCUGGAGUUAAAUGUUUCUCGUGAGAAUGCAGAGGUGUGCUGGAUAAGGAAUGGAAUAAAGCUGGAAGAGAACAGUAAUGUCUCUAUUGUAGCAGAUGGUCUUGUUCGAAAAUUAAUCAUUCACUCACCAACCCUUGCAGACUCUGGCCUUUAUACAUGCAAUGCUAUUGAUGACACAAUGGACUUUCAAGUGAAGAUUACUGAGUCUCCACUAAAAAUCCUUAAGAAAGGUGAAGUUAAGACAGACUACAAGGCUGUCUUGUCUGAUGACAUUGUGUUGGAAUGUGAGCUGUCCAGAGUAAAUGGGGUUGUCAGCUGGUACAAAGAUGGCCAGCCUAUUGAAGAAAAUGAGCGCUUCUGUUUCGAAGAAGAGGGGUCUUUCAGAUCUCUAGUUAUCCUCUGUGCUGAGCAGGAGGAUUCUGGGGAAUAUUUUCUAGAUGCAAAAGAUGACAGCAUUACAUUUCAUGUUACUGUACAAGAGCCUCCUGUGAAGAUUCUGGGUAACUCUGACCAGCAUGACUACCAGGAAAUGGUAGCAGGGGACGACCUGAUCCUGGCAUGUGAGCUGUCACGAGCAAAUGCACCAGUUCAAUGGCUUUUUAAUGAGAAGCCUUUGGUCCCUGAUUCCAGAACAUACAUUGAGUGCUAUGGCACACUACACAAACUCAUUAUAGCUGAUGUCCAGCCCUCCGACUGUGGGAAAUACGUUUGUGAUACCAUAGAUGACAAAAUGGUGACCAUAAUUAAAGUUGAAGUGCCUCGUGUGGUGGAAUUCCUCACAGAACUCCACAACACAACGGUAAUGGAAGGUGAAAAAGCUACAUUCAAGUGUGUGGUGUCUCCUGAUGAUGUUCAAAUGGUCUGGUACAUGGAUGGAGAGAUAAUCAAUCCCAGCAAGCGUUUCAUUAUUGAGCAGAAUGGCCUUUGUCACACACUAACCAUCUACAACGUUCAGUUAGUAGACUCUUGCAAGAUUACUGCAGAUGCUGAAGGACUUGUGUCCAAAGCUAGCCUGAAGGUGCAGGAGGCUCAGGUACUCUUCACUAAGAAGAUGGAUGUGGUGAUGGCUGAGGAGUUUGGAGAAGCGACCCUAGAGACAGAAGUAAACAUGGAGUCAGGGGAAGUUCAGUGGAUAAGGCAGGGCGUUGUGAUCCAACCUGGUCCGCGUCACACAUUCACCCACAAUGGAUGCAAGAGAUGCCUUAGGAUCACCAAUCUGAGCCUGUCUGACCGCGGAACCUACCGCUGUGAGAGUCUCCAUGAUCGCACACAGGUCAAACUCAAUGUGGAGCCCAGGAAGAUCACAGUUAGCAAGGGGCUGAUGGAUAUCGAAACAUUUGAAAGAGAAACAGCCACAUUCGAGGUGCUGCUGUCCCAUUCAGAUGUGAAGGGUGUUUGGCAGAAGGAUGGAUUGAGGAUUAAGCCCAACAAUACAAUACGAGUCAGCACCAAUGGAUGUUUGCACAGUCUUACACUGACCAACCUCACCAUAGAGGACACGGGCACCAUCGCAUUUUCUGCUGAGGGGCUCAGGACCUCUGCCCGACUGAUCGUCAAAGAGACACCAGUGUCAAUAAUAAAGAAACUAUCAGAUGUCAGGCUUGAGGAGGGCUCACCAGUCACACUGGAGUGUGAGCUGUCCAGACAAAAUGUGGAUGUCAAAUGGUUGAAGAAUGGAGUGGAACUUAAAGCAGAUAAAGGCAUGAGGAUCUACUCGAUGGGUCGUAAGCGUUGUAUGCAGAUCAUGCAGAGCAGUCUUGGUGACUCCGGUCUCUACACAUGUGAAACUGGUGACCUGAGUACAUCUUGCAACCUCGAGAUCUAUGAACGGGAGUUGGAGAUUGUCACUGAUCUGAAAGAUCUGUACAUUAAAGAAGACCAGAAUGCUGUGUUUAUGUGUGAAGUGUCCAUGGAGGACAUGCCUGGAGACUGGUACAAGAAUGGGCAAAAAAUCCGGCCUAGCAGCACCAUCAAAACUCGCAGAGAGGGGACAAAGCACUUCCUCCUAAUAUGCAAUGUUACAACAGACGAUGCUGGAGAGAUCAAAUUUGUCUCCAAGCAAGUUGAAUCAGUUGCAAACCUCGAGGUUCAAGAAUUACCAGUGAGCAUAGUGCGACCACUUAGGGACCGUACUGCACUGGACAAGCAUCGAGUUAUCCUAGAGUGCACCGUGUCUUCCCCUCGCUCUGAGGUUUGCUGGUACAAAGGUGAUCAGGAGCUGGAAUCAUCAGAGCGCAUGGAGAUCAUCAGUGAGGAUUGCUACCAUAAGCUGGUCAUUCACCAGGUGGCACUGGAAGACGAGGGCACGUAUAGCAUCAAGGUGGGGGAACACAUGUCUACAGCCAAACUGCUGGUGGAAGGACAAUCCAUAAUGCUGGUAAAGGAGCUGGAGGACAUUGAGGUGCGCUCUCCAGAACCAGCUAGGUUUCAGUGUGAGGUGUCAGUGCCCCUUAUGAAACCUCCCGUGUGGAGCCUUAAUGGAGAAACGCUGCAACCAGGAGCUGAUAUUUGUUUAGAGAACAAAGGAAAUGUCUACAGUGUCAUAUUUAAAAACACCAGCUCGGAAAUGAGCGGAAUAGUCAAGUUCACCACAGGGAAAGCCAAAAGCACUGCCAAACUGACAGUGCUGUAGAGUCAAAGACUACCCAAAUACUGUA